AUGUCUCAGCGGAAUCGAAGCGGACGCGGUUCGAACCGGAACAAUGGCAGUGGUCAUGGCGAGGAGGUCCAGCUUUGGGAGUCAGCAAAGGAGAAGUUUCACGAGAUCGUUACGGGCGUCAACCAGGAGAAUGAUAACCUCGCCGAGCUCAUCAAGAUGGACAAAAAGGCGGCCAUCGCAAGCAAAGAUGGCGGCAACCCUUCAGGCGGCGAUUUGAGCAAGAUGGAACAGUACUGUCGAUCCGGCGUUAAGCUCUCGGAGAACAACUCGAACAACAUCAAGAACCUGAUCGAACAGCUAAAAAUUCUGAAGGCCGUGCAGCAGGCUAAGGAAGCUGCAGAGGCACCUGCUACGACAACUACAUCAUCACGCACUGGUAGCUCGACACGGAACAGGGACGCCGCCGCGGCAGCGGCACUCUACGAUUUUGAUGGCGCAGGUGACUCGCCCGUACCGAGCCCCAUUGGCGGAAGCUCGCGCAAGUUCGGCGACCGAGGAAGCAAUCGCGACAGUAUGCCACCCAAGGCAGAUAGUGUUGAGCCGCAAGGGUCAACGGGCAGCAACACAGCGGGGUCCUCCUCGGGCGCAUUAGGAACAGGCGGCUCUGUGGCCCGGAGCAAAAUAUCGUUUUCCAAAGGAGACAAGGUCGCGUUCAAGCGAAAAAAAGAUGAACCGCAACAGGGGGAGGCGCCGUACGACUGGAUACUAGGUGAAGUGGUGGGUAUCAUCGGCGAAGGCAAGAGCAGACGGUACAAGUGCUUGGACGUGGAGCCGGAAGACAAUGUCAAGCCGAAGGAAUAUAAGACGUUCGCAUCGGGUAUGAUACCAAUUCCGCCGGAAAAUCAAACGCACAAUCUCGCCAAACUGGAAGCGGGCAAGAUGGUGCUCGGGCUAUACCCGCAGACGACGGCGUUCUACGCGGCGGACGUGGUGGGGACGGAGGCCGAUGGGAAGACGGUCAACCUGAAGUUCCACGGGGAGAACGACUCAUCGACGACGCAUCAGGUGGAGCGUCGCUACGUGCUAGAGUACCGACCAUGA